ACUUCGAAAUAAGUAAAAGUCUCAAGAGCCCAAUCUCCCAUUGGACAGAAAAACGGUCCGUCUCAGUAUCUUUUACUGGACUUCUCGUUUUCUUUCUCUCCAGAUUCUCUGUACUUAUUGUCACUAUUGUUUCUCCGUCUCUUUAUUUAUCUUGCUGCUCGCUCAUCAUUUUACUACUAAACACAAGUGUGACAUCUCUAAGCUUUAGCCAGAUUCGUGUGUAGGCUGUGUUAUGUGUUUGUCAUUGCAUUCUUAAUCUGAAGGAAUUAUUGUUGUUUCUGUUCACGGAAAUGUAACAAAAAUGACUUGCAGCAAAAUUGGUGGUGAAAGUUUGAGAAAUCGAGAUCCUAUGAAGAAGGACAUGAUCAGUGAGUUACCUGAAGCUUUGCUCCUGCAUAUAUUGUCUUAUGUUCCAACAGAAGAUGUCAUAGCCACUAGUGUUUUGUCUAAACGUUGGAAAUCUCUCUGGAAGAUGGUGCCAAAGCUCGAGUUUAAAUUUUUAUCUAUGUUAAGGAUAGAUGAUGUUUACAGGUUGCUGAUUUUGCAUAAAGCUCCAUUUCUCGAAAGUUUUCAUUUGAAAAUUGAAGAUGCAAAAGGUCGUUCGGAUAUCAGUUUCUUGAUUGGAAUUGCAUUUUCACACCAUGUGCGUGAAUUGGUGUUAAAUCUCUGCCAUGAUGAUCAAAAGAAAGUAAGGUUUCCGAGUGUCUUGUGUAGCUACAACAAUACACUCGAGGUACUAGAGCUCGCCCAAGACGUUCUUUUAGACUUCCCUUCUCGGGUUUGUUUCAAUGCCCUCAGAGAGCUGCAUCUUUGCCAUGUGGAAUUCAAAGAUGAAGAAUCUGUUUGCAACCUUUUAUCUGGCUGCCCUAGGCUUCAAGAUUUGGUUGUGGAACGAUAUAGCAGUUUUGAUGUGGAGACUUACACUAUUGCGGUGCCAUCACUACAGAGGCUAACCAUAGAAGACGAUGGUAGCCAAGAUAUGUAUGGUGGCGGUUAUGUGAUAAAUGCACCAUCUUUGAAGUACUUGAGCAUCAAAGACCUCUAUGGUAUUGACUUCUGUCUAAUUGAGAAUGCGCCAGAGCUUGUGGAAGCAGAUAUCAAUGAUGUUUCUCAUAUAGACAAUGAGAACAUUCUUGCAUCUCUCACUUCAGCCAAGCGUCUUUCCUUUCAAUUAACAAUGUUUUUGUAUCUGCCUUUGUGUAUUAAGUAUCCGACCGGAAGCAUCUUCUAUCAGCUGGUCUCUUUAGAGCUAGAUAUAAAAGGAAUAAAUUGGUGGAAUCUACUUUCGUUCAUGCUCGAUAGCUCUCCUAAAUUGCAAUCCCUCAAACUCGAUGGCUCAUGUUGGGAAGACUGUCCGGUGGGCUGGGAAUGGAAUGAGCCGAAAUGUGUACCAGAAUGUCUGUUGCUUCAUCUGGAGACAUUGGUGUGGAGAAGUUACGGAUGGCAACGAGAAGAUGAGAAACAAGUGGCCACUUACAUCCUCAAGAAUGCUAAACAGUUGAAGAAAGCAACUUUCGACCCAGCAUACGUCGGGCCGAAAGAGCUGGAAAAGUUGGAAAAGAGGCGAGAGAUGCUCAACGAGUUGGCUAGUGUGGCCAGAGGAUCGACCUCAUGUCACCUUGUGUUUGAAUCCGAAUGAUCUCUAGAAUGUUUACUGCUGUUUUAGCAAAUGAUCUUUCAAAAAGUCGAAGUGGAUUCUUAAGUGGUAAGAGUCUGGUGCAUUUUGAUGAUUAAACGUUGUUGGGUUGUUGGUAAAGACUGUUGUGACAUCUAUUUAAGCUUUUGGUAAUUUGGAAAUGGAACUGAGGCUGAUGUC